GUCAUAAUCAAAGGAAGUUUGUUAAAUGAACUUUUUCACUUUAUAAACAAUAUGUCGGAAACCAUCAAGUUCUCCAAAGAGGUUGAAUCUGAUGAAAAUAAGUUGGCGUUUCUGGACUGUUUAGUAAAAAGAAAAUUAGACGGCAAAUUUAAAAAAAACAUUUUCAGAAAGCCGACAAAUUCGGAUAGAUACCUAGAUUACCAUUCGGCUCACCCAUUUACCACCAAAGUAACUGUGGCCAAAAAUCUGAUCAACAGAGCCAAACGUCUAGUUACUGAGGAGGAAGAUAUUAACAAAGAACUAAAAUUAGUUCAAUCCACUCUUGAGUCAAAUAAUUAUCCUAAAGCCUUCGUAUAAAGAUACUUAAAAUGUGAAGAUAAGGAUGAAUCAAAACCUGCUGCUAUGAAUUGGGUUAGUACAGCGGUGGUUCCUUACCGCAAAGAAACAUCCGAUGGAAUAAAGCGAACCCUUAACGAACAUAAGAGUGUACUUUCGUGCAUCUAACACCUUACGCUAA